AUGAGAGCGUAUAUGCAGAACGUCCAGGCGAUACAACAUCGUGUGGGCGAGGAGGAGGAAUGCGACAAACCAGAGUGCGACGAGGGUGUAGAAGAACGGCAUCCGGAUCCUCCACAGGAACUCGUCACACUUGUCGAAGAGAUCUCUGAAAUGAUCGGAGUGGAGGAGCUGAGAGAUCUGCGUGCGGAGGCUGAAACAAUUCUUGUUUUGCGAUAUCAAAGCCGAUGCAUCUCCAAAAGUGAAGCCGUAUUGGUAGAGUGGGCAUUGGCAUCCGGAUCCUGGCGCCUUGGGGUUAAGGACGCCGUGGCUGCCCUGGUCACAGGGGCCUUCUUGAAGGCACCCAUCGCAGCUCCAGACGCGGCAGGAGAUUGCUUGGAAAGCGUUGCGUAG